UCUUUAGUAAUAUCCCUAGUUAUGUUUUGACGCCGCUCAAAAGCAAACGUUGUCUUUUAUAGGUUAACUUGCGUUACCGAUGCGUUCAUCGGUUUUUUUCAUUUAAUUUUAUCGGAGUUAAAAUACAAGCACCAAGAUGACGAUCGGAAAGAAUAAUAAAAUGAUCCAACACAUCAACUACAGGGUGAGGAUAACCCUGCAAGAUUCACGAACGUUCAUCGGCACGUUCAAAGCGUUCGACAAACACAUGAACAUGAUCCUCGGAGACUGCGAAGAGUUCCGUAAAAUCAAACCGAAGAAUUCGAAAGUCGAACGUGAAGAAAAACGCGUUUUAGGUUUUGUUUUACUCAGAGGUGAAAGCAUUGUGUCACUCACAGUUGAAGGUCCACCACCACCAGAGGAAGGUUUACCAAGAGUACCAAUUCCUGGUGCUGCUCAAGGGCCAGGCAUGGGUCGCGCAGCUGGUCGGGGUAUGCCCGCCGGUAUUGGUGGUGUUCCUGUUGGUUUGCAAGGCCCUGUUAGAGGAGUAGGAGGUCCAUCUCAACAAGUAAUGACGCCUGGUGGCCGUGGACAAGUAGCGGCUCCACCACAGAUGAACCAAGGCCCGCCGAGAAUGGGCGGACCACCACCGGGGAUGAUGGGACCGCCGCCUGGUAUGAUGGGCAUCCCACCGGGUAUGCCAGGGAUGGGACGCGGUGGACCACCGCCGCCGAUGGGUAUGCGCGGACCACCACCGGGUAUGAUGCGAGGAGGACCACCUGGGCCACCAAGACCAUAUUAGUUUUGACUCCACAUGAUUUCAUAUUAAGAAUUAGUUUUAAGUUUAUGAAUGUGCUCGCUGCGUAUUGGGUUGCCUACGUGUCGAUUUCUACAAUGAUGAAAAACUACUUGAAUAAAUGAUGUUCAUAGUA